GAGGGGCGCGGCGGGCCCGGCCCGGCCCGGCCCAGCCCAGCCCAGCCCGGCGGCGGCGCAGCGCGGCGCGGCGCGGCGCAGGCGAUGGGGAGCUGGGGUGCUGCGCUCUGCUCGUAGAGGCAGUCUGGAGCCGCCGCCGCCGCGAGGCCGUGCCGCGCUGGCAGCAGGUUUGAUAGAUUCUCAGCUCCACAAUCUGGAAAAUGCAUAUCUUAAGUCUGCAUUGAAGUAAAGACAGUCAUUCAGGAGAAAGUGGGAGAUUGCAUAAAUCUUUGUAGACAACUUGGCUGAAAGCAGUUAAAAUAAAAUUAACUGCUGCCUUCUGGCUGCAGAGUGCUAGUCUGACGUUCCUGUGUGAUACUCUGCAGACUAAAUCAUGCCAGCGUUAUCAACUGGAUCUGGAAGUGACACAGGUCUGUAUGAGCUGCUGGCUGCAUUGCCAGCCCAGCUGCAGCCACAUGUGGACAGCCAGGAAGACCUGACCUUCCUCUGGGAUAUGUUUGGUGAAAAAAGCCUUCAUUCACUGGUGAAGAUUCAUGAAAAACUACAUUAUUAUGAAAAACAGAACCCUGUGCCCGUACUCCACGGUGCAGCAGCCUUGGCAGAUGAUCUGGCUGAGGAGCUGCAGAGCAAGCCGCUGAACAGUGAGAUCAGAGAGCUGUUGAAGCUACUGGCAAAACCCAACCUCAAGGCUUUGCUCUCUGUGCAUGAUACUGUUGCUCAGAAGAACUACGAUCCUGUAUUGCCCCCCAUGCCUGACGAUAUUGAUGAGGAAGAAGAUUCAGUUAAAAUAAUCAGACUUGUCAAAAACAGGGAACCAUUGGGGGCUACUAUUAAAAGGGAUGAACAUAGUGGUGCAAUUGUGGUGGCCAGGAUAAUGCGUGGAGGAGCUGCAGACAGAAGUGGUCUUAUUCACGUUGGUGAUGAACUCAGGGAAGUUAAUGGGAUUCCUGUAGAUGACAAAAAACCUGAAGAAAUAAUACACAUUUUGGCUCAGUCUCAAGGAGCAAUUACAUUUAAAAUUAUACCUAGUGUGAAGGAAGAAACCCCAGCAAAGGAAGGCAAGAUGUUUAUCAGAGCCCUGUUUGACUAUGAUCCUAAUGAGGAUAAAGCAAUUCCUUGUAAAGAAGCUGGACUUGCUUUCAGAAAAGGAGAUAUCCUUCAGAUCAUGAGCCAGGAUGAUGCAACCUGGUGGCAGGCCAAACACGAAGGUGAUGCCAAUCCCAGAGCAGGCUUAAUCCCUUCAAAGCAUUUCCAGGAGAGGAGAUUUGCACUAAGAAGACCAGAAGUGCAGAUUCAGCCACUGAAAAUUUCCAACAGAAAAUCAUAUGCUGAAUGUGCUGGUCACAACAGUGGAUCCCAUCUAGCUGGUUUUAGGAGAAGCUUUCGUCUUAGCAGAAAAGAUAAAAAAACAAACAAAUCUAUGUAUGAGUGCAAGAAGAGUGAUCAAUAUGAUACAGCAGAUAUCCCAACAUAUGAAGAAGUUGCAAAAUACAGACGACAACCUAAUGAAAAAUACAGGCUUGUAGUUUUAGUUGGUCCUGUAGGGGUUGGACUGAAUGAGCUUAAACGGAAAUUGCUGAUCAGUGACACCCAGCAUUAUGGGGUAACAGUGCCACACACUACCCGAGCAAGAAGAGGCCAAGAAAGUGAUGGUGUUGAAUACAUUUUCAUUUCCAAGCACUUGUUUGAGACAGAUGUACAGAAUAACAAGUUUAUUGAGUAUGGCGAAUAUAAGAACAACUACUAUGGUACAAGUUUAGACUCCGUUCGAUCCGUUCUAGCUAAAAACAAAGUGUGCUUGUUGGAUGUGCAGCCUCAUACAGUGAAACACUUACGGACAUAUGAAUUUAAACCAUUUGUUAUAUUUAUAAAGCCUCCAUCACUUGACCGGUUGAGAGAGACCAGAAAAAAUGCAAAGAUUAUUUCAAGUAAAGAUGACAGGGGAACUGCAAAACCCUUUACAGAAGAAGAUUUUCAAGAAAUGAUUAAAUCUGCUCAGGUGAUGGAAAGCCAGUAUGGCCAUCUUUUUGAUAAGGUGAUAGUCAACGAUGACCUUGCUACAGCUUACAGUGAGCUCAAAACAACUUUUGACAGAUUGGAGACUGAGACCUUCUGGGUUCCCGUCAGCUGGCUACAUUCAUAACAUUUAAAUGCGCAAAACAUCUGGUGAUGUCCCAGAAUCCCAAUAUGGUGCAUUUUUAGGCAUUACUUAAUUGCCGUUUUCUUGGUAGGAGGGCUUUACAACUCUAACUGAAGAGCAGGUACAGUCUUCCUGUGCUUGAAACAUUGGUCUUAUUUUUUUGUGUCUUCAGUCCUUCUGUUCAGAAUUUUGCGACAGUACAGUCAGAUUUAGCCCAGGUCUUCCUACACUCAAGAAAGUGAGCUAAUACUAGUGUAACAAAACUGCCAAACGCCUCUUUGUCAUCAUAAGUCUAUCUCCAAGGUAAGUUUUUUUUUAAUGGAGAGUUAGCAGAAGAUAGUAAUUAAUACUGGAGAUCAGCACUUUGAUGGUUUUAAACAUAACUACUCUCAUAAAAAGCACAUCAGCACUUGCAAAUUAUCCCUUAAGUGCUUGAGAGAACUGAAACAGGCAGAAGUAACCAACAUUUUUAUGAGGAAAACAUCAUAUUUUAAUUAAAUUAAGUAUCAAGUCUUUUUACUUUUUUAGAUGUGGACCUUGUCUUACAUGUACAGAGUGAUUCUAGUAUUCCUUUGCACUUACAUAGUCAUGAAAAGCAAGAUGUAUUCAGUGGCUUAAUUGUGAAAUAGUCUGCUGUGAGCAUGCAUGGAUUGAAAAUAUUUUCACGCAUGCUUUGUGGCACAAUAAAGAAAACUAAUGGGAAUAUUUAUUUAAAUAGGGUAAAGUUACUAUGUAUAUAACUUCAAAAUCUUUUUUUGGGCUUAAUCUUCUGCAAGGUCAGUGGUAUAUUAGUAUGAAUAGCAAGAAGUAGAGAAUAACUUUUUUUUUCUUUAAAUUCAUUUCAAACAUUUUAGCAUCCUUUAGAAUAGUUUUCCCAUCAGAAAUUUCCCAAUAAUUAUUGAGGAAAACUUUGAGAUCUGGGAAGCAGUUGCAAUAAAUUAAUUCUUUCUACUGUUUAAUAUGCAGUGAUACUUUUUUAAUAGCGUAACAGGCAUUUUGUCUCCAUCUGAAAAAAAAAUGCUGUAAUCUUCAAUAUAAAAAAUAUCAUUGACACUGGUCAGACACAAUUAGAAACCUCAUUAAAUUCGAUGUGGCAGUGUAAGCAAAUGUAUGAUAGAUUAUAUUAUAGAUAACCUGGUAAUUUUCUUUAUUUACUACUGAUAUGCAGGAAAUGAGUAUAUCUAUAAAGACCAAGUAACACCUGUGUGUUAAUUGUGUUGUGAAUAUGUCUUGUAAGUACAGAAUGUGUAUAUGAACUCACUAACUUCAGAUCCUCACAUCUGUGGCAUUCAAACAGGAAACAGAGUUAUUUCAUGUUAAUCUGUAAAGAGAGAAUAGCUGUCUUGUUUAAAGAAGAAAGAAUUUAGUGAAACUUUAUAUAUUUAUGAAAGGGUUGAAAAGGGAUUUUAAGUUUUUAAAUUUCUUGUCAAUGUGAUCAUUUAUUAAACGGAUUAGUAUGUCCCUGUAAUUUGAAACGCCGUCUCUGUAAAUUGAGCUCAACAUUCCAUGUAAAUACUCUAUUUCAUUUUAUAUGCUGAUAAAGCCAUCAGAUUUUUCAGUUUUAUUCGAAAUGCAUAUUUAGGCAUAUUUAAUAUGUGGGUCAUUGCAUUUGGCUUAAAGUUGUAUAAAACUAAUGAAAUGCAAGCAACAACAGCAAAAUCCCUAGGAGUCUGGAAAUGUUUAUGCAAGAGUUACAGACGUACUGAAUCUCAGUGCGGAUACAUGCUCCGUUUGAACAGCUAUAAUGUACCUUUUGUCAAAUUUCACCAUUUUUCUGGUGGACUUAAACUUUUUUGUAACUUAAAUAGAAAUUUGUCGAUUAAAUUAAUUGCAUGCAGAUUGCAAUGCGGGUUGAAAAAAAUGUUUUCUAUUUUUUUUUAUUGCUGAAAAUCAAACUAUUUUUCAGGGGAUCUGGUAUUCAGCAUGUCUGUUUGCCUUUGCCCUCAAGGUGCUGAGUGUACUCACCAUCUCUUGCAGCUAGCAAGGACUGUGAGGGCACUGCGCAUCUCUCAGGAUCUGGCCAUUUUUGACAAGAAGAGCUUUAGUUUUUAAUGAAACACUCUGUUAGCACUGCUUCUAACCUGGGGUGUCUCAGAGCAUUAGUGUAGAAUAACUUUCGCGUAAGGGACCUGCUUUUCUCUUUAAGAAAUAGACGCUAGAAUAUUCUGAAAACUCCCUGUUAGGAGCGGUUCUGGCUGUCCUGCAGGCUUUUUUUCUUGUCCUUUUGAAAUGGUUUUAAAUCCCAUUCCUGGGUCGGUGCGUUCUUGGAGGACUUUCUGCAGCAGGUUUGCUGUGUCGGGCGGCCGCGAGCUGCACAGUGCUUUGUUCCUUCAACAGAGACACCGACAAUCUGAUCCCCAGUGCAGCCCUGGCAAUAAUUUCCUAGACAGAUGGCUGCCCGCCCCUGUCUCCAAGCCAGAAGUUAAUUCCUGGCUUGUAACACCUGCAAAAGAAAGGGAACCCCUCCCCCCCCCAAAUAAAUGCAUCAAGCAAACAGAGUAAAAUGUGCAUGGAGUCUUUAAGGAGUGAGAAAUAAUUUUAAUGUAACUACUAGGUUGCUCUUCAAAACCAAAAUUGCUGCAGUGUUUGCUUACAGACAAAAACAGAAGCCACUGGCCUUUGGAAGGCAGGUGUAGGUGAAUACCAGGUCAAGGCACAACAUGUCUUAGCCCAACAGGUCUGACAGGACAGGAACCUGCACAGUGCAGUGAGCUCUGGACCCACUUACUCGCUUCUUCUGAGAUACCGAUGAGGUGGUGUUUGUUCCUUUUGACUUCUACAAACUUGUGAAUGAAGAUGACUAAGUAUGUUUCUAAUACUACGCAUAUUCAAGUUGUGCUGUGUGGUUUUUUAGAGAAUUGUAUGUUUUGACAGUCAAGUCCAGAUAUUUUAUUGUGUUUUAGCUGUUUGCCAUAGUCAAGCAAAUGUUUGUUUUUGUUUUUUUUUAAUGUUGUACCAAGCUCUAUACUUGAAGUUGCCAUCAGGUCACUGGUUGAUAUCUUACCUGAAAUCUGAUCUUACCUUAUUAUGCAAAACAAUAAAUUAUUGGUAAAUCACUAAA